CAAACGAAAAAUUCCCUAUCUUCCCAUUUUCUUCGCAAGCAUCUCAGCAGAUCUAGAGAGAGAAACUCCGGCGACCGGAAAAACAGAAACCCAAACUUUUCGCUCAGUUCUGAUCUUUCUCUCUCUACCAGAUCCCAACCUCGUUUCUUAGCUCCUACUUCACCAAAGAUCAAUCAACUCUCUUAGCUGCAGAUCUAUAAGCAUUUCAACUCUUUGGUGAUAAUUUUGCAGAAGGAGGAGGGAUAAAAGAAAAAGAAAAAUCAGAAAACAAAAGAAGGGAAACCUUUCUGGUCCAAAAUGGCACCUAGCACGAUUAGGAAGGCGAUCGGUGCAGUGAAGGACCAGACAAGUAUUGGGAUUGCCAAGGUGUCUAGCAACAUGGCUCCGGAGCUGGAAGUUGCUAUUGUGAAGGCGACUAGCCAUGAUGAUGAUCCGGCUGGAGAGAAGUAUAUUAGGGAGAUUCUCAAUUUGACUUCGUAUUCCCGGGGAUAUGUUAGUGCCUGCGUAUUGGCAGUGUCCAAGAGGUUAGGAAAAACGCGAGACUGGAUUGUGGCCCUCAAAUGUUUGAUGCUUGUUCAUCGCCUGCUCAACGAUGGUGACCCAGUAUUUCAACAGGAAAUUAUGUAUGCCACAAGGAGGGGCACAAGGUUGUUGAAUUUGUCUGAUUUUAGGGACGAGGCGCAUUCAAACUCAUGGGAUCAAUCUGCUUUUGUGAGGACUUACGCUCUGUAUUUGGAUCAAAGGUUAGAGAUGAUUCUCUUUGAGAGAAAGCAGAGUGGAACUGGAACAGAGAUUGAAAGAUAUGGGCCACGUGAAGAGCAGCGAUGGAGAUCACCCCCUGGCUCAAAUAGGGGGUAUGACUAUGAUUACAAUGAGUUCAGGGAUGAGCCUGGUUAUGGGAUGAGGAGAUCAAGAUCAUCUGGGGAUGUUAGAGAGUCAAGUCAACAAAUGAAGGAUGUUACGCCAUUGAGAGAGAUGAAUCCAGAGAGAAUAUUCGGGAAAAUGAGUCAUUUGCAGAGGCUAUUGGAUCGGUUUUUAUCAUGUCGACCAACAGGGUUGGCGAAGAACGAGAGGAUGAUUUUGGUGGCCAUGUACCCAAUGGUGAAGGAAAGUUUCAAGCUCUAUGCAGAUAUAUGUGAGGUUUUAGCAGUGUUGUUGGAUAAAUUUUUCGACAUGGAGUAUCAAGAUUGCGUUAAGGCCUUCGAUGCCUAUGCUAGUGCUGCAAAGCAGAUUGAUGAGCUCAUUGGGUUCUAUAAUUGGUGUAAAGAUAUUGGCCUUGCAAGAUCUACAGAGUACCCAGAAGUGCAGAGGAUUACCAGCAAGUUAUUGGAUACAUUGGAGGAGUUUGUGAGGGAUAGGGCAACGGUGACAAAGAGCCCUGAAAGGAAGGUGGAGACGACUCAGCCAGUAAUUGAGGAAGAGCCAGCACCCGAUAUGAAUGAGAUUAAGGCCUUGCCCCCACCUGAGAAUUAUGCUCCUCCACCACCACCAGAGCCAGAACCCCCUAAGCCAGUUGUUCAGGAGACGGGCGACUUGGUUGAUUUGAGGGAGGAGGGCGUUACUGCAGAUGAUCAGGGCAACAAAUUUGCCUUGGCAUUGUUUGCUGGGCCAGGUGGAAGCAAAGCAAAUGGAUCUUGGGAAGCAUUCCCCUCCAACGGGGAGCCAGAGGUGACAUCAGCUUGGCAGAACCCUGCAGCCGAUAGUGAUAAAGCGGAUUGGGAAUUGGCUUUAGUAGAAACUGCAAGCAAUUUAUCCAAGCAGAAGGCUGCAAUGGGGGGUGGACUUGAUCCAUUACUGCUCAAUGGUAUGUAUGAUCAGGGAAUCGUUAGGCAACACGUGAGUACAACCCAAUUGAGUGGUGGCAGUGCUAGCAGUGUGGCAUUGCCCGGACCAGGGAAGAGUACAACGCCGGUAUUGGCACUUCCAGCACCUGACGGGACAGUCACGACAGUUGGACAGGAUCCAUUUGCCGCUUCUUUGAACAUUCCGCCACCUUCAUAUGUACAAAUGGCCGAUAUAGAAAAGAAACAACAGUUUCUGAUGCAGGAGCAAAUGGUGUGGCAGCAGUAUGCUCGAGAUGGUAUGCAAGGCCAAGCUAGUUUGACCAAGAUCAGCACGGGCGCAUAUUAUACUCCAGGGCAACCGCCAAUGAUGCCUUAUGGAAUGCCACCCGUAAAUGGCAUGGGAAUGCCACCUGCAGGGUAUUAUCACACUCCAUACUGAUUUUGUUAUCUCAUCUCUCUGUUUCAUUAGUUUCUGAAUUUCGGUACUUGUCUUAGUGCUUUGACCAUUUUCACUGAAUGUUAUAUGGUAUCAUCCUUCUAGUGUAUGUAUGCCAAUAAGGUUAGAGAAGGACAGGAGAAAAAACUGAGCCAAGUGUUGGGGCCUUGGGGUUUUCUGGCAAAGGGCGUGCUACGACACAUAUACUAUUUAUUUCUCUUGUGUAACAUCUCGGGUCUUGUUUAUAUUCUUGUCUGUAUGAUUUGUGAAGCAUUUUCUAAAAUAUGAAGAAUCUAACUCCAAUCAGAUUUAACAAAGUUAUUAGAUUUUCUGAUCA